AUGCUUAUAACAAAUACACAAUCUCUCUUAGUUUCAAAGCAACAAGCUUUUACUUACGGGAAUAACCACGAGAAGGUGAAGACUAUCUAUUCCCAACCCCCAGAUCACAAGUUGUCUCCCCCAGAUCCCAUGUCGUGUUGUCUUUUCAGCGAACAGACCCGGACUUCAAAGAGCCUCCGCAGCAAGCCCCCGAAAAUGAAGCACUCCCCCCAGAACCUAAGACAACCACUUUCCAUCGUCAAGCGAACAGACCCGAGAAGCCCAGUAAAGACAACGUCUGCAGAAAGCCCCGAGACGACUAAAGCACCACAACACGUUCAUGAACCCACCUACCGGCGAACAGACCCGGACUUCAAAGAGCCACCGCAGAAAGCCCACCGACGAAUGACCAACUUGAGACAACGCAAGCUGUUCACGGAAGGUUUAAUCUAA